GUCCUCCCAGUGCUGCUGUCUGCUUUGGCAUGAUAAGUGUUUGUGGGGCUGGGAAUCCUGGCAUUGCCGCCCUAGAAGCCAGACUCUCCGGCCACGACCGACGCCAGCGCGCAGUAGGUCCGCUACUGAGCCCCGGACAGACGCAGAUAGACGCGGCGCUGAGAAGCGCAACUUCUAGAUAAAUUACCGAAAAAUAUAAAGAGCAAGAUGAGAUCGCUGUGGGCGCUACUCUUAAUGGGAAUUUCGAGCGUGUCUGCCACUAUGGAGUCAAAUGAGAUAUCUAGACAGAUGAGUUCUCCAACCCCAAAUCACACAGAUUCUACAACAUCAGGGCCUGGAUCUAUUAUACCAACAAGCAACACCAGCGUGGCAAUAAUCCAGUUAACAAACUUCACCGAGAGCACAUCGACAAGCAACCUGCCAACAGCUGUGCGGUCAACAGCUGCCCAGACAACAGCACCAAUUACCAGCACACUAGAGGCAUCUACAGAGCAUAAAGCAUCAGAUAAACCAACGACGACUAUCAAGCCUAAUGCAUCACGUCCAACAACAGAAGCUCCCAAAUCUAAGGUAUCAAUUUCGACAAUAUCAGCUACCGAGUUUAAGAUAUCACUUCCAACAUUGUUAGCGUCAACGACAUUAGUUCCACCGACAGUUAGCAUGACUCAGGCAACAAAUAAACCAACGAUAGCUAGCGAGUCCAAUUCAUCACCUCCACCAACGACCGCUACCGAGUCCAAGUCAUCACCUCCACCAACGACCGCUACCGAGUCCAAGUCAUCACCUCCACCAACGACCGCUACCGAGUCCAAGUCAUCACCUCCACCAACGACCGCUACCGAGUCCAAGUCAUCACCUCCACCAACGACCGCUACCGAAUCCAAGUCAUCACCUCAACCAACGACCGCUAUUCAGUCAGCCAUGACUACAAGGCCUAUGACAACAAAACUGCCAGUGACCUCCAUCUCUGAGACUUUACGUCCUGCAAUCACAACGCAGAAUAUGAUGUUGGACAGCACUGUGCCAGAGAGCAUCCCAACCUCAAUAUCCAGCAGUCCAGCAUCAGUCAUUGCACCUUCUACAAAUAAGACCCCACUAUUCACUAAGAAUUCCAAAAGCUCGAAAGAGGUCUGUGAAUAUCUGAUGGCGUGGAUCGUUGAGGACUGUGACAUACAGCGCAUUGGGAGGGGCCAGUACAGCCUAAAAAUCUAUAGCACGAAAAUCAUUGACGAGCCACCUUCAAAGCCCACCCAGUCCUACAACGCCAAACUCAUUGCCGCUCUGGUCACCACCUUCAUCUUGCUGUCCAUCAUCGCCCUCAGCAGCUUUUUCCUAUGGCGCCGACGCUCUUACAAGAUGAACCAGCAACAGCUGACAGAGGAGCUGCACACUUGCGAGAAUGGUUACCAUGACAACCCCACACUGGAGGUGAUGGAGGUGCAGCCAGAGAUGCAGGAGAAGAAGGUGGCCCUCACCAAAGAGCUCCACGACACCUGGAUCGUGCCCUUGGACAACUUGGCCAAAGUCGACCUUCUGGACGAGGAGGACACACACCUGUAGGGUGAUGUCACCCGAGGUAAUGGUGACGUGACCGCAGGCUAACGGUCGCUCACGUGCAGGACCAAACGAGGACCACUACAUGCUCAUCCAUAAGCAGAUACCCCCCCACAAAGUUUUCAAAGGACUUUCUUCCUGAAUGCUAAAAGGUACAGUUCGAAACCCUGAAAAGAACCACCAUGUGGAUCUUACCUCCUAUACACCAGGACUGUUAAUCAGCACCAUCACCUGAAUCUCUGUAAUCCACUAUUUUUGCCAGACUAAAAUGACCCAAAAGAUGCGAUAAACAUAAAUCUUUAUCUCCCAUACCUGUUAAAAUGUUAGGAUUCACACUAUUGCAUCGAAGGGCCAAUAUUUUAUGCCCUGGGGUCUGUUACUCGUUCCUAUGUUUAAAAAGCUGAUUCAUCUUCACGGCUGGAAGAUUUACUUACCAGGGUCACUGGGUAGCGGUGCAUCACCACCCCUGUGGGGUUCUGGCGGGGGUUCCAGUCGCUCUCCGCGUUUCCCGCGCUCAUUCAGGGCCAAGGGUGGGGGGGCCGCGUGAGCCAGACCAGAGGCGGAGAUUCACUCACCAGCGAGUCGCUGCUUCAGACAAAACCGCAUGAAGCCAAAAGGGUGAAUAAGCCACUUCAGUGGGUCCAGCCUGCUUCUAGGUGGCUUUUUGUAAAUAUAUGUAUCUUUAUUACCAGAUGAGUGCCUUCCCACACUCAGGGCCGCUGAGGGAUGCACUGCGUUUUGCUGUCAGAUAACGAACCACCACAUUCACAUCGUCCAGCACCAGGUUAAAUGCUUAAAGACUGCAUUUCUCACAGACUCUUUCACUUUAUAAAACACUUAAGUUAUGCAAAGAUGAGUCACUUGUGGUUCUUUUGCUGAAGCUGAUAAACACUGGGAUUCGUAUGUACGGUUUUCCCUGAUCCAAGACCUUUUUUAUGCAUCAAUAAAACACCAAACUAACCAA